AUGCCGUCUCAACUAUCGUCCUUCCACGAGGGCGAAGACGCCAUGCGGAACAUGCUCCACGUACCUGCUGGCAGAAAUCCGACCGCUCCGGGCCUACCGAUGCCGUAUGCCAUGCGUGUCCGGCAGUCACCACUCGUUGCACUAGGAACACUCGACAGCCAGGGUCGCCCGUGGACAACAAUCUGGGGUGGUGAACGGGGAUUUGCAGGUCCAGUCGCACAGGGAGUGUUGGGCUUCAACAGCGCAGUUGACAUGCGCUAUGAUCCUGUAUUCGAGGCGUUGUGGACGAACCAAGGAGAUGGUGGAAUCGUACGGCCCAACGACGGGCAGGGCAAGAUGAUGGCCGGUUUGGCGAUUGAUCUGGAGACGAGGGACCGUGUGAAACUGGCGGGUGUGAUGGUUGCGGGGGCGGUGGUGAAGGACGGUGAUGAGGGUGUGGGUGAUGUUCAGGCCGCGAUGGUGGUGACGGAGAGUCUGGGCAAUUGCCCCAAGUAUUUGAACAAGAAGGAUGUGGUGAGGCAUGAUCCUGGGAGCGCGUUGCUUGUGAGUGAUGAGCUGCCGCUGCCGAGGGAGGCGCUGGAUCUGGUGUACAAGGCGGACAUGAUUUUUGUGUCGAGCACGAAUGGGGAGACGAUGGAUACGAAUCAUAGGGGUGGGAGUCCUGGGUUUGUGAGGGUGGUGAAGAAUGAGGGUGGACAGGUGGAAUUGGUGUAUCCAGAAUUCUCUGGAAACAGAUUAUACCAAACACUAGGCAACCUCAAAGUAAACCCCCUAAUCGGCAUAGUCAUCCCCGACUACGAUACAGCAAACGUGCUCUACCUCACAGGUCGAGCAGAAAUCCUAGUCGGAAAGGAAGCGUCGUCCCUCCUCGCAAGAACCCAACUAGCCGUCAAGAUCACCGUCUCAGCAGCCCGCUUCGUCAAGGCAGGUCUACCCUUCCGCGGCGCGCAAGGCGAAUACUCGCCAUACAACCCACCCCUUCGACACUUGAUUUCCGAGAAGAACGAUCCCCAGGCAGUCAACUCAGCGCGGGCAGACAUCACUGCCACCCUCAUCGACCGCCAGGUCCUAUCACCCUCCAUCAACACCUUCACAUUCAAACUUGCUUCGACCAGCGGACAACCACUGCCGAAGUGGGAAGCAGGACAACAUGUUUCACUUGACUUUGAGCCAGAAUUGGGCUUCGGGUACGCACACAUGCGGGAUGAGGAUCCGCAAAGCAUAAACGACGACUUUAUACGUACCUUUACCGUAUCCAGUCCGCCGGGCUGGAAAGACGACGAGUUUCAAAUCACGGCGCGGAGACACGGUCCCGCAACGGGACUUUUAUGGAGGCGAAAUAUACGAGCGCCGCUUGAUAUUCCUGUGCUUGGGUUCGGCGGCGAGACCAAGUUUAGAUUACCUGUGCAGACGGGGACAGAGAAACCGGUUUAUGUAGCGGGUGGAGUUGGGAUAACGCCGAUUCUGGCACAGGCGAGACGAGUGUUGGAUGCGGGUGUAGAGUUGAGUUUGCUGUGGGGUUUGAGGGGUGAGGAUUUAGGUCUUGCGGUGGACACGUUUGACAGGAUUCCUGGCUUGGCUGGAGUGACGAAGCUGUUUGUUACGGGAGGGGAGGGCGAUGAGGAGAUGGUGCGCAAGUUGAAGGAGGCAGGCGUGGUGAUGGAGAGGAGGAGAAUCGGACAAGAUGAUGUGAAAGGGUAUAUGGGCGAGAAGAGAAAGUUUUACUUGUGUGCUGGGCCGAGAUUGCUGGAGUUGUUGAAUAGGUGGCUGAAUGGUGAGGAGGUGGUUUGGGAAGACUUUGGAUAUUGA